AUGGAUAUUAAUCAAGUGAAGAGAGUAGUUCCACGCCAAAAAGACAAACACGUAGAAACAAUCAUCAAGAAAGCCAACAGAUUCUAUGAGAAUGCACGAAAGUCCAAAAGCCGACAAGUAUUACUGCAAGAUAUAUCUAAAAGCCCAGAACUUACUGCACUGCAUAAAGAAACUCUGGAAACACUUAACAAGCUGUUAGAGCCUUUCAUCAAGCAAGGUCAUGCUAAUUAUGUCAGUGAACAAAUCAAGCAAGAGCUAUCUUCAACCAACACCACCGCUGAGAAUCUAUUUCAAAGCAUCCAGACUUUCUUGUCUGCUCCAGAGAUUGAGCAUGAGCUGCAAUAUUAUGAGGCAAACCAAGUAUGGGGAGCUAAGCAGAGCUCGGAUCAGAUUCGGUCGAUUUUGGAUACCAUUACGGAAACGGCAAUAUCUAAUUCAUCUGACUCAACGGCCAACCAAAUGCUAGAGAAGAUCGAAAACAUACGAGAGUUGAUUCAUAAUCGGCAAGACAGGAUGCAUGUGCUUAACUCCUAUGUAGCACUUUCUUAUCAAAGAAAUGAGGCAGUGCUUAGUCAAUUGCAAGCUAUGCUCCAGGCAGCAGUCAAUGCUGAUACGGCCCUUCUUAAUUCACCGGAAUUCAGCCAGAUGUACCACAAAACCAUCAUUAACCUGUUCAACAAACCAGUGUACAAAAGUAUGAUUGAAAAAGCCUAUCCGAAUAUUAUCAAGUGCUAUAGUAAACUUCCUACUAAACUUCCUGCUAAUAAUGAUAUGAAUGCUGAUACUUUGGUGAAACUAAACGAGUUUGUUGAAACUUGGCGGAAUACAGCCGAUGAUAUCACAAAGAAGUAUCAAGCUCGGCACCAGCGAAAGGCUAAGCUACUUGAGGAAGUUUUGACGAUUCGUGCGUCUCCAACAGUAGAUGGUCUUGUUAGCAAUAUACAUAGUAAAGUUAGUGACUUCUAUCUGGAUCCAGAUCACUCACUGGCUGCUAAUAACAAGUACGACUUGAAGCGUGAAGGCGGGCUUAGGCAUAGGAUCAGCGACCUCCUCGGGGAUAAUAAGGCUACUGAAGACCAAUUCCGUGAACGAAUUGCUGGUCUGUUGGACCAAUUAGUUGCCAGCCGGUUAGUCCAGUCCCACAUCAUUUUUGAUGACUAUAUGACCACCACUAACAAUCUAGAGAAACAGUUGGACCAAAUAUGUCACAUGAUUAGAAUCAAAAACGCCGAAGAUCUGAGUAAGUCCAAAGACAUUGGAUUUGUUUUGAGCCCACCCCAACAACCUGACUCUACAUCCAUCAUCAACAAUGCAACUAAUCUCGAAGAUUGUUAUAGCAAGCACUGGGCUGAUCUUUUCCAUGCCUGUAACACGGUGUACAAGGCUUGGAAGUUAGUUGCGUUCCUUAAAAACGACGGCAAGGAUCCCUUAAUCCAUAAGAAUAUCCAAAACCACGAAAACCUGCGAAUCCAGCUCGAUGGUCUAAUUCAAGGACUAGUACAUGAAUACCAUGAAAAAUACAACACUGCGGAUCGAGUUCAAAUCCGCCGUACACUUGGAUUCUUAGGUGUUCGAAUCUUUGAAGACCAGAAAGUCAUGGCCGAGUACGAGGAUAUUCUCACUAGCAUGAAGCAAAAGAGUCAGAAGAGUCAAAAGACCAAAACCCAAACUUCAACCCCAAACGCAGAAGAUCCUCUUAUUGAUGCUGAUAACAUGGAACUCAGUCCCGUCAGCAAUACACUAAUUACUGAAGCCUUGCGCAAGAUCUACUACAGCACCUUGGGUGAUCUUAGUUUGACAGAAAUGCAGAACGAUUAUGUACUUCAGACGUAUACUAAGUACUUAAAGACCUUCGUUGCCAAAACACCCUCUUUAUUGACCUAUCGUAGUGAGCCCUGGUACAAGUACCGCCAUUCCGUUCUUUCUGCCCAAGCCUUCCAGCAGUUAGUUAAAUCAGAAGGGAUCACCAAAGACAUGCUUCAAGACGGCCAGGUUAUCCAAACCGAAAGUCCCUCAGGUCGGCCAUUUUAUGAGUAUAUCUUAUUGGCUUUCAAAAACAACAGAAAGUACCACCACGUUUACAUUCAUCCUGAUGACUAUCUUCCAUCCACUUUUUCAAAACGGGUCUUUUCCGAUAAGAUAUUUAAACGGCAUAUGUCACUGUUCAAAUGUGGGCUGGUGGCCUUCUUAGCUCUUAGUAUCAUUGGUAUAGCUACAUUUUACUUAGCCGGCGACUUUUUCACUAAUCUACCUAUAACUUAUCCCCUUGGCACUAAAAUCGUCUGUGGAACUCUGACCUUUACAGUGAUAAACGGGUUCUUGGCAACCUUUUUGGGCUAUAUUGUGAUGACUAUGUCCAAUCUACAAAAACGAAACCAUAUUCACUCCACCAAGGUUUUCAUCGGAAUUACUAUUCUAUCACUCAUGGCCCUAAUGCCAAUGAAUAUCUACCAGCUCUUCCAAUUACUAGGCUCACUUUCUUUACUGUGUGUCUACUUCUUUGGUAUGGUUCGGAUUGGUAAGGAUCUAUUGGGCAAGAAAAAGAACAGUAUUGACGCGGAGACAAAGAACAAAACUGCAGCUCUUGACCUACGACGUAGCUCGCUUGAAAGGUUCAACAAGAACCCCAGGACUAUCCACCUUCUUCAAACUCUCUUAUUUAUUGUCUGCUGUAUUCUGGCUCUUCUUGCCUUAUAUCUGGCCUACUCCACUAUAAUGAAGGUUCUGGGCUACGUUCCCGCAACCGCUCUCGCCAAGGACCCCACCUCUGAAAUGGACUACUUAGCCUAUUACACCGAAUACUAUAAAGCCAAAUUCCAAUCUUCAGCCACAUCGCAAAGCGCCAACCCACCGCAAAUAUGA